AUGCUGCUGCAGUUGGAAAAGAUUACCAAAUCAUUGGAGAACAUUUCUAUAGAUCCAGAUAGCAAAGAUCAACAAGAAGAAACACCCCUCAUAGUUUUGCAAGAUGAGCACUCCCCAGAUAUAGAUCCAGAUUCAAGCAAGCUUCUGUCAGUAGACGAGAAAACAGUUCAAUUGGUUCAACUUGUAGCUGAUUAUGAGCAGAGAGCCAACCACAGUUUCCGACUCAACUAUAUCAACGGCUUUCUUAAUCUCAGUCGAGCCAAUUACAACGCCGGUAGUUUCAGUAAACGGUUCGGAUCCGAUAAAUUCGAUUUGAGACCAUACAAGGCAUGUAAGGAUAUAGUUGUUGAUGAGAAAAGUCUUAGAUUCACUGUAACUGACCGUUUGGCUCAACAGAAAGCAGCAGAAUCGAAACCAGCAAAGAUCUCAAGAACGUCUUCCUAUAAUGAGAAGAUCGCUGACAUCACCGAGUCUCACGAGAUUGAGAUGGACGAGAUUGUCAAAUCCAGAACCACUUCGCUGAAGAGAAAUACUGGCCUUGGCGGUUUGAAAAAUCGUAGAACCACUGAAAAAGACAGGACUUCUGAGAAAGAUUCAAAUAAUUCAGAUCACAAUGAGAAGAUCAAACUUAUAGAUCCAAUAUACCAAUUUGGAGCAUUGACUCCGUACCAAUUGAAGCAAGCACAAGGAUUCUUUUCUUCUGCUUUGGAAGAUUCUGUGGAAUUGGCGAAUAUUCAGAAGCAGAUUGAAGCCUUGAUAGGAGAGAUAACGCAAUUACAGAAAUCUGAGCCAAAAGAGAAGAUACAAUCAGAAACUUAG